UUCAGAGUGAUGCGGAAUGGCUUGAAGCAUACUUGGGUGCAUUUUCCCAACACGUAACAUACUCUGACCUCAAAGCCUUCAACCUCUCUGCGAUGGCAGUUGUGGACUCCCUCUCACCAGAGCAGAAGACUGAGCUGAUAUUGGAUACAGACAGUGGAGCUUUGGAGGAUGAGGCCUUCCUAAGGGAGGUGUUGACGAGCUUGAUAGAGUCGCCUGAUGAUGAGGAGUUUGAACACUUUUUAAUUGCUUUUGCAAAAGCCAACAAGCAGAAAAACAUCACCCUCAUCAAAAAUCCAGGUGUACGAGACACAAUCUUGAACCUGACUUUGACGGCCCUUGCGCCUGAAUUUGAAGAAUUUGAGCCUGAAGACUUUAAGAUGUUGUUCCAGGACCAUUUGGCUCCUGUCUUGGCGAGCCUCCACCCUGGCAGCUUGGCGGUUAUCCCCAAUAACAUCAGCUGUCACUCCUACAGAGCUAUACUCACUGGUCUUGGGCAAAGUGUGGAAUCCCUGCCAUUGCACCUUUCGGACAGCCUGAGAUCAAGCAUAAAGUCACUGAAGGAAAGAUUCACACGUUGCUCACUUCCAGACUCCUUCAUGUGCAAGAAGACCCCGGUCAAUGAGAACCUCAUCUGUGCUGCAGUCAAUAGAUCACACGUCCAAGAAACACUAUCUGUUUACAAUUCCUCUGAAGCGCUGUGCCGUUUUACCCUCACUGAGCAUGCUUGUUCCUCGGCUACACAUCUAACAGCCAGCAACUUGGUCACAUUGAUGAACUGCACACUGGAAAGCAACAGGACAUACCCGACAGAGGUCUGGAAGCUUUUAUUCCAAAAAGCUUCUCCUGAACUAGACAAGGCUCUUGAGACAUUCGCAACCAUGGCACCAGGCAACAGCAAGCCAUCCUUGUCACAUGCACUUGAGGCUCUCGGAGAGGUGAGAAUUGCCAACUUCAGCCAGACACAACUGCAGAGUGAUGACUUUGUCAGCAGCUGGUUCCAGACAAAUAUUCGUCCGUUUUUGGCCUCCACAACCCCCAACUUCCUGUUCUGCCUCAGCUCCAAGAACUUCAGCUGCGAGACCUACCAGACUGUCAUCAAGGCAUUCAGCAGUCAAAGGGCAUCCAUGGACAGAGAACAACAGCAAGCUGUCUACACGCAUUUCAUCCGACCAUUCCUUUCAAGAAAUGACUCAUCAGAUCCUGGCUGUGUCUCCUUCAACAGAGGCAGUAAAGAGUGGCUUCAGGGCAACUUUGGCAACUUCUCUGGUUUUGCAAAACUUCGGGAUCUGCAACAUCUCAAUGCCAACUUCUCCAGCGCCGAAUUGUUGCCACUGCUCACUCCCACUCAGGUGGCAGAGUUGACACUGAGCUCAGGGGCCUUGAAUGACACCGACCACAUUGACCGUGUGUUUGAGCGACUCCAGGAGGGCGAUGCUCUGGAAAAUGUGGAAGAAUUCCUGACACAGCUGACAGCUAAUGGAAAGGGCCCGGAUUUCCAACCUGUUGUGAGAGACCGUGUAAUGAAUCGGACCUUCAGCAUUAUCAGUCCCAAUUUCACACACUUUAUGGAAGAAGACUGGUUUGUUUGGUUCCAUAAGAUCCUGGUUCCUGUCCUCCCAAGUUUCAGUCCAAUGAUGAUCAAGAGUGCAACCGCAAACAUUUCCUGCAAAAACUUCCAAGUCGUUGUGAGUGGGAUGAGCAAUGCUGCCCCUGCAAUGUCCAAGGGACAACGAAAAGGCAUUGGAAAAGCCUUGCAAGGCUAUCUGGUCAAAUCGGCCAGUGUCAUCAACAAGCCAGUUUGCAGACACGGAAUUCAGAGUGAUGCGGAAUGGCUUGAAGCAUACUUGGGUGCAUUUUCCCAACACGUAACAUACUCUGACCUCAAAGCCUUCAACCUCUCUGCGAUGGCAGUUGUGGACUCCCUCUCACCAGAGCAGAAGACUGAGCUGAUAUUGGAUACUGACAGUGGAGCUUUGGAGGAUGAGGCCUUCCUAAGGGAGGUGUUGACGAGCUUGAUAGAGUCGCCUGAUGAUGAGGAGUUUGAACACUUUUUAAUUGCUUUUGCAAAAGCCAACAAGCAGAAAAACAUCACCCUCAUCAAAAAUCCAGGUGUACGAGACACAAUCUUGAACCUGACUUUGACGGCCCUUGCGCCUGAAUUUGAAGAAUUUGAUCCUGAAGACUUUAAGAUGUUGUUCCAGGACCAUUUGGCUCCUGUCUUGGCGAGCCUCCACCCUGGCAGCUUGGCGGUUAUCCCCAAUAACAUCAGCUGUCACUCCUACAGAGCUAUACUCACUGGUCUUGGGCAAAGUGUGGAAUCCCUGCCAUUGCACCUUUCGGACAGCCUGAGAUCAAGCAUAAAGUCACUGAAGGAAAGAUUCACACGUUGCUCACUUCCAGACUCCUUCAUGUGCAAGAAGACCCCGGUCGAUGAGAACCUCAUCUGUGCUGCAGUCAAUAGAUCACACGUCCAAGAAACACUAUCUGUUUACAAUUCCUCUGAAGCGCUGUGCCGUUUCACCCUCACUGAGCAUGCUUGUUCCUCGGCUACACAUCUAACAGCCAGCAACUUGGUCACAUUGAUGAACUGCACACUGGAAAGCAACAGGACAUACCCGACAGAGGUCUGGAAGCUUUUAUUCCAAAAAGCUUCUCCUGAACUAGACAAGGCUCUUGAGACAUUCGCAACCAUGGCACCAGGCAACAGCAAGCCAUCCUUGUCACAUGCACUUGAGGCUCUCGGAGAGGUGAGAAUUGCCAACUUCAGCCAGACACAACUGCAGAGUGAUGACUUUGUCAGCAGCUGGUUCCAGACAAAUAUUCGUCCGUUUUUGGCCUCCACAACCCCCAACUUCCUGUUCUGCCUCAGCUCCAAGAACUUCAGCUGCGAGACCUACCAGACUGUCAUCAAGGCAUUCAGCAGUCAAAGGGCAUCCAUGGACAGAGAACAACAGCAAGCUGUCUACACGCAUUUCAUCCGACCAUUCCUUUCAAGAAAUGACUCAUCAGAUCCUGGCUGUGUCUCCUUCAACAGAGGCAGUAAAGAGUGGCUUCAGGGCAACUUUGGCAACUUCUCUGGUUUUGCAACCCUUCAGGAUCUGCAAGCUCUAAAUUCCAACAUCUCCACAGUGGAGGUUGCAUAUCUUCUUACUGUCAGUCAGCUGGCUCAGCUUGCAGCAACUCCCUCACAUCUAAAGACAAAGAUGGAUGUGACAAAUAUCAUGAAAGUCAUCAACCCUGUCAACUUUGGUGCUUUCUUUGACAUCGUCUCACCAGCCAUUGAGACUCACCCAACCAACUUCACAGUGGAGGUGAAAUCUGCCUUCCUCCAGGAAGUAUAUGACAGAGGGAAUCUGUCUUCUCCAGCUAUCAGUGACACAGAGUUCCUGCUGUGGCUCAGGCGACUGAGCCCUCUUCUGGUUAACCUCUCUCCCAGCCUGCUCCUAAGUACCAUCAGCACCUCAGAGCUGAAUCAGUUCCUCAGUCGACCCAAUGUGAUAGACAAUGAAUCUGACAUCUGUGUCAUAUUCAACAACUACAACAACACUGCUGCCUUUCUAGAAACUGUAUGUCACUCGACUGAUUAG